AUGGAGCGAGUGGUGAUCGUCGGAGCAGGGCUUUACGGCUUGAUCGCCGCCAAAACUUACCUGCAUGUCUCCGGUGCUUAUGAUCGAGAGCAAGACUUGCUCGACGAGACCGAAGCUGCAGACGCAAUCCCCGAUUGCUUCAACAAGCCAAGAAGUCCCGCAACGGGUGACGCGGGAGGCGUGUUGGUACUCGAUUCUGCAUCGGAUAUCGGGGGCACCUGGGCAGAAGAAAGGCUCUACCCGAAUCUUCUGAGUCAGAAUUCAUACGGAUUAUAUGAGUUCAGCGAUCUUCCGCUCGCGGACGUGGUCGAAAAGACCGGCGUUGGACAACAGUUUAUCGCUGGUUGGAAAAUCAACCGAUACCUGCACGCGUGGGUCUCUAAAUGGAGGCUCAGAAAGCACAUUCGGUUAAAUUGGAGAGUUCGUGUUGAUUCUUUUCGCGGUCCUUCAGUAUUUAAUAGGUUGCAGGUCGACAGCAUUCAGCGCCUUGCCAGCAAGGAGUGGAAACUCAACAUCCGUCUAACCGCCACGAACAGCACAUUCAGUCUCAUCUGCGACAAAUUGAUCCUGGCAACGGGAUUGACCUCCGUUCCAAAUUUACCAGAUAUCGAAACGCCCGAGAAGGUCUCAAUCCCUGCGCCCAUCCUUCACGCCAAGGACAUCGGGAUCUGGGCUCGUGCACAUCUGGGAUACCGGCCGAUGCCUGGGCAUGAGACAAAGAUCGAUAGUACACCUAAGGCCGCGAGUCCGAAAUUACGCUCUGUUGCGGUCUACGGAGGCGCGAAGUCCUCCUUUGAUCUGGUGCAUUUCUUCGCCACGCUUCAUCGGAAAGACCCUUCACUGCAUCUGACGCUCGCCCCAGAGGACCCGGUUCAAGUGCACUGGAUCAUCCGAAAAAAAGGAAACGGGCCUUCAUGGAUGGCCCCUCCAACUUCCGCUCUCCCAAACGGUGAGGUCGUGGCAAGUGAUAAGGCUGCAAGUACCAGAUUCCUCCACCAUCUGACCCCGUGCAGCUCCGAAACACCCGGAAGGCUUUCUUUCGAAAACGGCUCUCUCAAGAUUGAAGGUUCAUGGCUGGCACGCCUUUUUCAUGGAAAUCCUCUCGGUCGCUGGUGGGUCCGCUGGUUCUGGGACUCGUUGGAUCGCAGCUUGGAGGGUUUAGCUCAGUACGAAGCAGAAGCGAAGAUGCAACUGCUACGGCCGAAUAAAAGCGUGAUCUCAUGCGGCUCUAGUAUCGGAAUAGCCAACCAACCCGAUCUAUGGGAAAUGAUCCGGUCGCCACAAGUGAAGGUCUACCGGUCCACCAUCAGAGCCGUCUCUGCCUUAGAUGCAGGAGACGAUGGACCUGGCAGCGUGGCUAAAGUGACCCUGGCCAAUGGCAGGUGUAUUGACGAAGUCGAUCUGGUUAUCCAUGCAACUGGGUACAAGCCGGUUGUCCCCAUCAAGGUUGAACCGCCGAGUUUUCGCCUCCAUCUGGGUCUUUCGGGCCUGGUGAAUCCAGCCCUUGAUGGUAAUGAUCACGAUAAACUAAGAGCUUCUGAUCCAAUCGAAGUACCGAUGGAUUCGACCGUAGAAGACCACAUUCAACACUGGGCAGCUCUGGACCGAGAGACUGAACCGAUCGUUAGAAAUACUUUGGCUGCGGCCGGGUGCGUUACCAUUGACUGUUCCUUGCAUUCAUGGACAGGUGAUGGCAACAUGUUGCCUUAUCGCCUGUUUCGCCGCAUGGUUCCUCCCACGUUGCUUGCCGAGGACGAUCGCUCCUUUGCGACUCUGGGGGUGGUUCUUACCUCGACAAUCGCGAUCGUGGCUGAAGUCCAAGCACUGUGGGCCGUUGCAUUCUUGACGGGCGGUUUUGACGCAUAUCCAGAAGACUCUGCGUCUGAUCAAUCCGACGGCCUUUGCCUAGGAUUGCUUUCUCCACCUGUGAUGGAGGGGAGUAUUUCGGAGGAUGUCGUACUCGGAUCGCUCACGGGCACUGGUCUUGAGGUCGAUGCAAUUCACUACAAUGACAUCCUGAUGCGUGAUCUGGGGUUGAAUCCUUGUCGUCUUGGGGGAGGUUGCGUACGAGAACUCAUAGGCGUGUACGAGCCAUCCGCAUAUGCUGGGAUAGUCGAUGAAUGGAGGAAGAGACGGGGCCGUGUACUCAACUCAAACUAG